AUGGCUACACGUCAACACACAACCCCUGACAUCCUCGAGCUACUCAAGAAUCGCACCACGUACACCCAGUUCGCUCAGGGCUUCAAAGACCUGCGAAGCGUCGCGUUCAACACCGCAGUAUCGGCUCAGACCCAGAUCAGAGCUCAGGCGGAGCUCAAAAGUGCUGGACGAAGAGGCAUUGAGUGGUUCGCCAAAUUCCCAGCCGUGGCAUCUUCUUCGUCAGGUCGACUGGUUCUCCAAGACUGCAGGCCACAGCUUUUGAGGGAUAUGGCAAGCUUCAUUGACCUCAUGGAAGAGACGAAUGCGAUAAGUGAUGCCUACCUCAGGGAGCUGUAUCCGGGUGUGUUCAGCGGAAAGCGGCUGGGUGGGGCCAGCGGGGGUGGUAAUGACAGUAGCGGCGGCGAUAUCGGUGGUGGUGAUAAGGCUGGUGAUGCUAGUGGUAUCGAGGACCCUGGUCAAGAAGAUGCCGUAAGGGCAACGGGUGCAGACGAUGCGGAGGCAAUCUCGUGGUGGAACAGGACCUGCGACGCCGUGGAGAAAGAGUGGAAGCGACGACUUUGGACUCAAGACUUCGUCACGGAGGAGCGAGAGCAGGACCAGAGCCCUUGGACCUUCGGGGAAGUGGCCAUUUGCGUCACUCAGCUUGUAUCGUUCGUCAUCGCCUUAUCGCGUUCAUCUGGUUGGCACUUGCUCUCGCAGGAGGGCUUUGAGACGGGGAUGUUUUGUGGCAGAUCGCGUAUCAAUAUGUCUAAAUUUCCUCACACUGCAGCACUUGGGUAUUUGCUAAAUCUCGUGGAGGGGUGGUGUCAUUUGAUCCACGACUUUUGA